AACUACAUGGCAUAGGCGCUCACAACAAUGCCCCUCUUUGUUCCUACUCUACUUCGCUCUCCAUAAACAAGGUUACAUCAGCGUUUUUACCCAACUCCCUGUAAUCCACUUCUCCUCAUGCUGUGGAAGAAGUGACGAGCUGGGAAUAAUUUUGAUCAGAAAAGCUAAAACUGACGAUAUGGGUAUUUGGGUAUGGCUUUCUUCUCUGGAAGGCUGGUUUUAACUACGACGAGCGCCUUGCCGGCUUUCAACAAAGGCUAUCGCCGUGUCUUCUACCAAGGCAUUACGGACCAUAGAGGGACGCCUGAGUAUGCAGGAAGAACAGUCACAUUGGAACCCGCAGAAGGAGAAGUCUGUUGGGGCGUUGCCUACAAGAUCUCGAAGAAGGAAGAUCAAGAAGUUGCUGUAACGGUAGAUUCUUACAUAUCAAAAGUAUUUAGAAGUCAGGGAGAAGCAGUAUGACAAGAAGGCUUAUCUUGAUUUCUUCACCGAGCCAAUGGGGACAACUCAAGCUGUUUCAGGUGUACUGGUUUAAGUAGUGAAAAUCAACAAGAACAUUCCGCAUCUUCAUACAUGUUUAUUUGCGUUUAAUGCAACCGGAUCUGAACUGCCGUUGUCACUAUUUAGAUACAUUGCCUCUCCAGACAAGCAACGUAAUGUGAACUAUUUGGAUCCUGCAUCCACCGAAGGGAUUGCCAAGUUUGUAAACUUGAUCCCUUCAAUGCCUAUCUGGAUUGAUGUAGUAGAAUAUAUCUAUAAAGCGUUAUCGAAUUAAACUUCAAA